CACCUUGUGUUAUUUUUCUUUUUGGAUUGCUGUAAGCAAUUGUUUCUCUUGCUGCACAAGAUAGAUCAAUGCUUCAAGUAAUUAGUGCUUCCACACCCACAAAUCUAUAAAGAAGUGCUAGCUUAAGUUGAAAGUGCGUAGUCCAUCCAACGAUGCUUAUUGAUAUUCAAUUACCACGACGUGUACGUUCCCACCACUUGAAGGUGUUAGAGCUUUUCCCAGUUUCAUGUUGUUCAUCUUUGAUUGCCUCGCUUCUCUUCUCUUUCAGAAACAUACACGUCAAGAAAAUGGCACCAGCUUCUGCUUUGUUGGUGAAUCUUCUCUUCCUUUUCUAUGGCCUAGGCAUUUUGAUGACAGUGGUGGAGGCCGCCAGCAAUGUUCAUAUCGUUUAUCUUGGAGAGAAGCAACAUGAUGAUCCCAAGCUGAUUACAAAUUCACACCAUGAUAUGCUUGCCGAUGUUGUGGGGAGCAAGGAAUUGGCUUCACAAUUGAUAGUGUACAGCUACAAACAUGGGUUCUCUGGGUUUGCAGCCAAGCUGACAGAGUCUCAGGCUCAAAAGCUUGCUGAAUUGCCUGGCGUUGUUCGAGUUAUACCAAAUAGCCUUCACAAGCUUCAAACAACUAGGAGUUGGGAUUUUUUAGGCCUCUCUUCUUAUUCUCCUGUCAAUGCUCUUCAAAGGAGCAACAUGGGUGAUGGAGUUAUAAUAGGUGUUUUUGACACAGGAAUAUGGCCCGAGUCUAAAGCUUUCAGCGAUGAAGGACUUGGACCGAUCCCCUUCCGCUGGAAAGGUGUUUGUAAAUCUGGGAAGCAGUUUAAUGCUACCCUUAACUGUAACAAGAAAAUAAUUGGAGCCCGUUGGUAUAUUGAUGGAUUUCUUGCUGAGUAUGGAAAGCCAUUAAACACAUCAGAAGACCUCGAGUUUUUAUCGCCCAGAGACGCAAAUGGACAUGGGACACACACAGCUAGCACUGCCGCUGGAGCUUUUAUUCGCAAUGUUAGCUACAAAGGACUUGGUCCUGGGACAAUAAGAGGUGGAGCGCCACGUGCUCGGUUGGCAAUAUACAAGGUCUGUUGGAAUGUUUUUGGAGGACAAUGUUCAUCUGCUGACAUGUUGAAGGCUUUUGAUGAAGCCAUAUAUGAUGGGGUUGACGUAUUGUCCCUCUCAAUCGGAUCUUCAAUUCCUCUGUUUUCAGAUAUUGAUGAACGCGAUGGCAUAGCUACUGGUUCCUUUCAUGCUGUUGCCAGGGGCAUUACUGUCGUUUGUGGAGCUGCUAAUGAUGGGCCUUCAGCUCAGACUGUGCAGAACACUGCACCUUGGAUCUUGACUGUUGCCGCGAGCACCAUGGAUCGAGCGUUUCCAACACCCAUCACGCUUGGGAACAAUAAAACCUUCCUGGGUCAGGCCAUGUUUACAGGAAAGGAGAUUGGUUUUAGAGGCUUGGUUUACCCAGAGGCCUCAGGGCUGGACCCCAAUGCUGCUGGCGUCUGUCAAUCCCUAUCACUUAAUGCUACAUUAGUAGCUGGAAAGGUGGUUCUCUGCUUCACCUCAAUGGCUCGUAGAGCUGCAGUAACAAGUGCAGCAGAAGUUGUCAAGGCGGCAGGUGGAGUUGGGUUAAUUGUUGCCAAGAAUCCAAGUGAUGCAUUGUACCCCUGCAGUGGUGACUUCCCAUGCGUUGAAGUGGACUAUGAGAUUGGGACCCGGAUACUCUUUUACAUUCGUUCUAACAGAUCCCCUGCAGUAAAAUUGAGCCAUUCUAAAACUAUUGUGGGUAAUCCUUUGUUGCCAAAGGUGGCAUAUUUCUCAUCUAGGGGGCCUAACUCAAUUGCUCCAGCAAUUCUUAAGCCUGAUAUAACUGCACCUGGGGUGAACAUAUUAGCUGCUACGUCACCUCUGGAUAGAUUCGAGGACAAUGGAUAUGCCAUGCAUUCAGGAACAUCAAUGGCAACUCCUCAUGUCUCGGGUAUAGUGGCUCUUCUUAAAGCAUUGCAUCCGGAUUGGUCCCCAGCAGCCAUUAAGUCUGCACUUGUCACAACAGCGUGGAGAAAUCAUCCUUCUGGCUAUCCAAUAUUUGCAGAGGGAUCUCCUCAAAAGUUGGCUAACCCAUUCGACUUUGGAGGAGGCAUUGCGAAUCCAAAUGGAGCAGCAGACCCUGGUCUUCUAUAUGAUAUGGAUACAGCUGACUACAUACAUUACCUCUGUGUGAUGGGUUACAACAACGCUGCAAUCUCUAGACUCACAGGACAACCUACAGAAUGCCCCAGCAAAGAACCAUCCAUUUUGGACGUUAACCUACCUUCCCUAACCAUACCAAAUCUUAGAAAAUCCAUCACGCUCACCAGAACAGUCACAAAUGCUGGAGCCCCGAACUCCAUUUACAGAGCAGUGAUUGAACCUCCAUUCGGCAUUAUUGUAUCAGUAAAACCUGAUGUGUUACUCUUCAGUAAUCAAACUAAGAAAAUAAACUUUACUGUGACAAUUAAUGCUACCCACCAGGUGAACACUGGGUACUAUUUUGGGAGCCUAUCAUGGACCGAUGGGAUACACAUGGUGAAAAGUCCAUUGUCAGUGAGAACAGAGAUGUUACAACCUUAUGCUAGUGACAACUAAGAAUUGAAAAUCAGAUGUCCAUUUGUUUCAUAUAUAUUUAUGUAUACCAAUGCAAUUUCAUGUAUAAAUUGAUUCAAAGUUUUCAUAUUC